CUCCCUUUUCUACAUUGGGAUUGUGUGUAAUAGUACUCCGUACCUCCAUAACAAUUGAAGCUAAUAAUCACCCUAUUAGCUGCAAAUCGCUUUUGCUCUUGCAGAGUACGGGGUAAGUCUUUCUUGUCUUAUUAUAUUUUCUGUUUUAUUAUGAUUGCUGUUCCCUGCACUUUCUCUCCUAUCCUUACUUUUUUUUUUAUUUUCUUGUUUCGGCCUUUUUUCCUUUUCAUUUCAUUUUGGUUCUUCCUGCUAUACAUACAACUACACAUCACAUUCCCCUUUAAUCUUCUGUCCCCGUCGAAAAUUCUUCUCUUCUCUCUCUCUCUCUCUCUCUCUCUCGCCCAUGCCCAAAUCAUGACCUUGAAUUGGCUUUCUUCACGAUGACAGCCGCUCAUACUUCUCAGGAUCUUCCGGGAUCGGCCGCCACCACAACUCCCCCCUACAAUUCGCUCGAACCUGCUCCUCUUCUCGCCCGCCGUCUCAGCUCUCGCUUGAAUCGCCGCUCAUUAGGUCGUCCGACUAGUAUUCUGGACGCCAAUUUCGCAACAACCGAACAAUUUCCCAAGCAGUCGGGUCAUCAUCGUCGUGGAUCGUCGAUUUUCAGAAAGCUGGCGGGUCCCCGGGAAAACGCAAAGCGCUUUCUCCGCCUAGGAACCACUCAAUCUCCGCCAUCGCCACAGGAUCGCCCUAUGGCUGCCAUGGCCCAAGUACGUCGUCAUCGCCCGCUUUCUGAGAUCAUCCUCUCUCCUGAGGAUGCACAUAUGCUGGCUGCUGCUGCUGCUGCUACUACUCUAGAGCCGGGCAGAAUGCGCUCCCAUUCCUCUUCCAACGCUUCCGUUACUCAACGCUCCCCGGGCUUGGCGAGCCCCGCGGUUUUAACUCCAGACGCCACGACGCCAUUCCCUUUAUUGCGUAAUGAAAAGGUCGUCGCGACAGGGAGCGGAAUCGCAGUGGGCAUCGCUCUCACUGAACCUGUCCUCUACCUCCAGGGUUAUGACCAUAACGACCCGACAACCAAGAAGUCUGCCAUCCUGCGAGGCCAGCUACACUUGAAGGUUACAAAAAGUGUCAAAAUCAAGAAGAUCUCAAUCUGUUUCAAGGGCCGUGCGCAGACCGAUUGGCCUGAUGGCAUCCCACCGAAGAAGAUCCACUUCCACGAUAAGAAAGACCUCGUUACCCAUGGUGUGGUGUAUUUCAAUCAUGGCGAUACUGGACUCAUGCAAAAUGAUUACGGCGCCCAUUAUUAUCAACAUGCGAAACCAAUAACCUCGCUAGCAGGAAAGGAUGGUUCGACCACCGUCACUCGCGAACUCUUAAACAAGAGCGGGUCUUCCACCUCGUUACACAACGGCCAAUCUGCAAAGGAGCUUAAGCGCCUCUCCCUACAGUCCAACAACUCGCGGAGUUUUGGCAAGGGCGAUACGCCGCCAGGGCCCCCUCAGCCCCAACGCAAUUAUCGCCUCUUCCCGGUCGGCAAUUACCUCUAUAGCUUCGAAUUCCCAAUCGACGGGUCUCUGCCGGAAACGAUCAAAACCAACCUGGGGUUUGUGAAGUAUGAUCUGGAAGCCAUCGUGGAACGUGCAGGAGCGUUCCGGCCCAAUCUCCUAGGCACACUGGAUGUGCCUGUCAUUCGAACCCCGGCUGAAGGCUCGCUGGAGCAAGUCGAGCCCAUCGCCAUUUCUCGGAACUGGGAGGACCAGUUACACUAUGACAUUGUGAUUUCGGGGAAAUCCUUCCCGCUCGGGUCGCAAAUUCCAAUUGCCUUCAAACUGACGCCUCUGGCCAAGGUGGAGUGUCAUCGAAUCAAAGUCUAUGUGACGGAAAAUAUCCAGCACUGGACCGCGGAUAAGAGCGUCCAUCGAUUCCAACCCGCGAAAAAGGUGUUACUGUUUGAAAAGCGAGCCGACUCUGCCAGUACGAGCACCUAUCCGGGUAGCUCUAUGCGAAUUACCGCUGGUGGCGGCAUUGACUGGGAUCAACGUGCGGCUGCCGCGAGGGGUGAGGAAAUUGUCGACCGCAGUCGAACGAACCUGCUCGGAAACCUCAGCAGCGAGUCAGGAGUUGGUCCCACCGAAAUGGAAUUCAACGUCCAGCUCCCUAGCUGCCAGGAUAUGAAGAAUCGGGAUGAGUCACAGCGUCUUCACUUUGACACCACGUAUGAGAACAUCCAGAUCAAUCAUUGGAUCAAGAUUGUACUCCGUCUCUCCAAAGUCGACGAAAAUAAUCCCGGAAAGCGCAGACACUUUGAGAUCUCCAUCGAUUCCCCGUUCCACCUCCUUUCUUGCAAGGCAACACAAGCCAACAUCUACCUUCCCGCAUAUACGACUCCCGACUCAGGGCCAGUGGCGCCUGCACAAGAGUAUGAAUGCGGGUGUCCGGGAGCACCUGCGCUACGUAGGAACCCGUCCACUCCUCCUUCAACCUCUGAUCGAGACGAGCCACCCCCCGCUCCUUCGAGAAGCUUUACCAACUGUUCUGGCGGUUUGGCUCGACCACCGGUGGCACACCUGGCUUCUGAAGUGAGCGAACGAGACCGACCACCGGCCCCUCGACCUAUGCAUCUUCUUCGCGCACCGUCUUUCGCGCCGCCUGCAUUUGAGGACGUUCCUCCGCCACCUCCUCUUGUGACUCCCCCACCAGAGUAUACUUCCAUUGUGGGCGAUAAUGAUCGUGAGGCGGUUUUGGAGGACUAUUUCUCGCGUUUAUCAUGCUAUGAGGACCAUGCCGACAACGAACGCGGCCUCGGUCGGGUUGAUGUGCCGCUAACGCCUGGGGCGCGUGUCAACCGCAGUAUGGACGUUCCGCGCGAGUGGGUACGGUUAGAAGAGUCGGCUGUUUAGCCCUAACUUGACCACUGAAUAUACACCAAGCCAAUAACAAUUACGAAGUUAUGAUUUCCACCCUGUCAUGUUUGUAUGGAGAGGGAAAGCUGGAGUUUUGCGAUUAAAUCCCGAUAAAGUACGGCAUGCUUUGCAGACCGCCGUUGAUAUAUAUAUAUUCUUGUCCUUUAGUGGAUUGGGUACAGGCGCAAAGAGGCCAGGGGA